CCUCGCAUCCUCUACUCCCAAACCUCGCAUUCUUGUUCCUUCUCCCGACCGCCACCAUUCCCCACCGCCAUCGGAGGCGCCAACCGAGUGACUAGCCGGCGACCUAGGGAGAACGACGCACACCAGGUCGAUAGGAGACAAGGCCGGCCUGCCCUUGGCAUGUUAGGAGGGAAUAAUAUCAACGGCGGCGGCGGUGGAGCCAUGGACGUCUACCUUCCCCGGAGCCAAGGCGACGUCGACGACGACGGCAAGGAGAGGAGAACAGGAACGGUAUGGACAGCGAGCGCUCACAUCAUCACGGCUGUCAUCGGCUCCGGCGUGCUCUCCCUCGCCUGGGCGACGGCGCAGCUCGGCUGGGUGGUCGGGCCGGUGACCCUGAUGCUCUUCGCGCUCAUCACGUACUACACCUCCGGUCUUCUCGCCGACUGCUACCGCACCGGCGAUCCGGCCACCGGCAAGCGCAACUACACCUACAUGGACGCCGUCGGGUCUUACUUAGGUGGCUGGCAAGUCUGGUCCUGUGGUAUUUUCCAGUAUGUCAACCUGGUUGGGACUGCAAUUGGAUACACGAUCACAGCAUCCAUCAGUGCAGCUGCUGUGCACAAGGCCAACUGCUUUCACAAUAGAGGCCACGAGGCCGACUGCGGCGUCUACGACACCAUGUACAUGGUCGUCUUUGGGAUCGUCCAGAUCUUCUUCUCCCAGCUGCCCAACUUCAGUGACCUCUCAUGGCUUUCCAUCCUUGCCGCGGUCAUGUCCUUCUCCUACUCGACCAUCGCCGUUGGCCUCUCGCUUGCUCGAACAAUAUCAGGUCCUACUGGUAAGGCCACUCUGACUGGUGUUGAAGUUGGAGUUGAUGUUACUUCUGCCCAGAAGAUCUGGCUUGCUUUCCAAGCGCUUGGUGAUAUAGCGUUUGCGUAUUCCUACUCCAUGAUUCUUACAGAAAUCCAGGACACGGUGAAGUCGCCACCGGCCGAGAACAAGACGAUGAAAAGGGCGACCCUGCUGGGCGUGUCGACCACGACGGCGUUCUACAUGCUGUGCGGCUGCCUGGGCUACGCGGCGUUCGGCAACGCGGCGCCGGGGAACAUGCUCACCGGCUUCGGCUUCUACGAGCCCUACUGGCUGAUCGACUUCGCCAACGUCUGCAUCGUCAUCCACCUGGUCGGCGCCUACCAGGUGUUCUGCCAGCCCAUCUUCUCCGCCGUCGAGACCUACGCCGCCAGGCGCUGGCCCAGCUCCGACUUCAUCGCCCGAGAGCACCCCGUCCUCGCCGCCGGCAAGCCCUGCAGGUUCAGCGUCAACAUGUUCCGGCUGACGUGGAGGACGGCGUUCGUGGUCGCCAGCACGGUGCUCGCCAUCGUCAUGCCCUUCUUCAACGACAUCCUGGGGUUCCUCGGCGCCGUCGGCUUCUGGCCGCUCACCGUCUACUACCCCGUGGAGAUGUACAUCCGGCAGCGGCGGAUCGAGCGGUACACGCCGAGGUGGGUGGCGCUGCAGACGCUCAGCCUCCUCUGCUUCCUGGUGUCGCUCGCCGCCGCCGUCGCCUCCAUCGAGGGCGUCAGCGAGUCGCUCAAGCAUUACGUCCCCUUCAAGACCAAGUCGUGAUCGGCCAGUGCGUGCAGCUACUUGUUCGUAGGUCUCAACAAAUUCGACAGGGUGGGGGUUAGGGAGCAUGAUCAUUUGAUUGUUGCUCAAUGUGUAUAGAAGAAGAAGAAGAAGAUUUGUGUUCAUAUAAGAAUCGGCAAGUUUAACAAACAUGGCUUGUUCUGAACCCUUUCAGACACAGGGCAUUGGAUAAGAGAUUAAAGAUGAAUGUAUGUGUUACAAGAGGGGAUAUUACAAGCAGCAGCUCUUCAUCCUCACAAUGGUUUGGGUUUGGUUAUGAAGAUCAUCUUUCUUUCUUUUUUGGAGAAACCAAAAGUGAUGUACAACAGGGUGACAUGAUUGUGGAGAUUGAGGAUCGAUGUUUUGCUA